CCCAUACCUCUUGGCUCAAUGUAAACAUGAGCCCAUGACCUGCGCACUUGGCUCUCUAUGCAUGUAACAGGUUGGAGAAGCUAAUCCAACAUGAAGUCAUUGAUAAAUUAUAUUUCUGUUAAGCGUUAGAGCUCGAAAGAUAAUAGGAAUAAUGUACGUAUUGCUCUGACAGUGUACAAGAAAACCCAAAGAUGGACAAGGAGCGUGAUCUGUCACAGAGGAGACAGAAGAGGGAGCCACUGACAGCGGCAUCAACCACUGCAAUUUUACCCAACCCAUACAAGUCCAAUCCAAGUUUACGAGGGACCCAUUCAUUCCGGAGGUCACCAGCUGCUGACAAUUCAAGUUUGGGGAGACAUCUAGACAACAAACCAAAAAUUAGAGCGAACACUAUUUGGCAAAAAACCGAGACCACAGGGGAUCCACUCACUAAGACAUCAGUGGGAAACCCUAAAAGUCCUGGACAUGGGAGAAAGGAUUUGAAAAGAAGUGGAAUGGAGAUGCCAGAUGCUACAUUUGAAAUCAAAAUGUCUGAAUUCCCAGAGUUAAGUGGCAUCUUUGUGGACCAAGGAGACCCCAGUUUUCAGAGACAUUGCUGGGGAUCUCCCAACCAAAAUUCAGGAGAAAAUUCAGAUGCGGCAUGGAAGGUGAAUAAAAAUGCACCAGCAACAAAUUAUAAGCCACCAGCCAAGUGUAUGCUCCCACAUACAGACCUGAUUCCCAACUCAUCAGGCAAUGCAAUGGCUCCUGGUUCUGUAACAAGCUCCUGGGCUAAUAUUGCCUCUCAGCCUCCCAAAAAGCCAGUUCUGAAAGAUGCUACCAAGCCUGCUCAAGUUGAUGAAAUAACACAGCAAGAGGAGGAAGGGAACACAGGCAAGAAAAAACGAAAGAAGAAAAAGAAAAAAACAAAGGGUGCAGAUCAAGAUGUGGAAACUGGAUCCGAUAAAAAUAUACUGUAUCAGGACCCACCACGGUUUGAGGAUGAAGAGGAGUUUCCGGGCUUAACACCUUCUUUUACUGGAACAGGAAAGUUAUUGACCAGAAGCAAACCAGCACAUCUAUGCAACAAUGAAAACCAAAUACAAAGCAUUCAACAGCCUCUGGAUCAGAAAAAGGACAAAACCCAAAGUGCAAAGUCUCCUUUUACAGAGGCCCUAAAAGUCCAGAAAGCUGAAAAGGUUUCAGGUAAAAAGAGCAAAGUGCCUGUUCAGCUUGAUAUUGGAAACAUGCUGGCAGUCCUAGAAAAGAAACAAUCACAGAAAGCCAAGCAGGACACGAAGCCUCUCACGCUUUCAGUUGGUGGAGGUUUGCCUGUGGUACCUAAGCAACCACCUGUACAGAAGAAACCUAUUAUACAAGGCAAAAUCGCACACAAUCCUCUUGACUCCACAAGCCCAUUGGUCAAGAAAGGCAAGCAGAGGGAAGUGCCAAAAGCUAAAAAACCUACUGCUCUUAAAAAGGUAAUUUUGAAGGAGCGAGAGGAGAGGAAGCAGAGGCGAUUGCUUGUGGAGAGAGGAGAACUGCCUGAAAGCAAGUCCAUACAUGCAGAUGAGGUGGCGGAGGAGGAAGACUGUGAAACAAGUGCCGCAGAUGAGACGCUGAGUCCUACAGAAGAACUUGGUGAUCAAAUUGAAUUGAAUGAUGAUGAAAAAGAGGAAGAUGAGGAACCUUCCCAAGAACUGAUCACUUCAACAUCAACGACCCAGAUGGAUAAACCUAAAAUCCACAGUAGAAAGUUCAGAGAAUAUUGCACACAAAUGCUCAGCAAAGAUGUGGAUGAAUGCGUCACAACACUUCUGAAGGAACUGGUGCGUUUCCAGGAUCGUCUCUACCAAAAAGACCCAAUGAAGGCUCACAUGAAAAGGCGGAUCGUCAUGGGUCUGCGGGAAGUACUCAAACACCUAAAACUCAGAAAGGUCAAAUGUGUCAUAAUUUCACCGAACUGUGAGCGCAGCCAGGCCAAAGGAGGCUUGGAUGAAGCUCUCCACAGUAUCAUUGAUACCUGUCGUGAACAGGAAGUGCCGUUUAUCUUCGCUUUGUCCAGAAAAGCUUUGGGUCGCUGUGUUAAGAAGGCCGUGCCAGUGAGUCUAGUUGGUAUCUUCAACUUUGAUGGUGCACAGGACAUCUAUCAUAAGAUGAUAGAAUUAUCUUCUGAGGCUAGAAAAGCAUAUGAAGCAAUGCUUUUGAGUCUGGAGCAAACAGAGUCGGAGACCUCAGCAGACACCGAACAGUCACUUGCAUCAGACCAGAUACUGACCGGUCCAAAUGGUACUCUGUCAGAGGAGCCUGAGUACAUAAAACUAUGGAAAAAAUUAUUAGAAAAGGAAUCCGACCAUACAUAUAUGAAUUUUGAGGAACAGUUGAGCUCCAUGUGUUUGGAUAGUGAAUGCAGAGAACACAGUGAUGAUGGCAUGAGCUGACAGCGGGGCAGCACUUUGAAUCUAAAAUAAAUUAAGAGCCAAAGCCAAUACAAGGAGUGGAUGAAUGAUCUGGCAGUCCACAAUGCAGUUGAUUUACACAGUAUUCCUAAUUUGAAAUUAUGUCUGGAUUAAAAAUUACAUAGACACUUUUAUGAAUGUAUGAAUAUUGAAUGAAAACUAUUUGGAAGUUCUGACAAACAGUUUGAGACAUAUUCAUGACUAUCAUGCACUGUCUACAGCAGUUAAAGCAUUUAUUUUGAGCACUGCAAAAUAUGCACAUAAUAGAAACAGUUAUUUAAUCUACAACAGUUAGAGAAUUACCUUGAGUUUUGCUCAAAUACAAUAUAGAAAAAGUGAAGGAGAUUAAAAUUUUGAAACUGAGGACAUAAAUUGGAAACAGGCAUUGUAAAUUGUACUGAAUCCCAGUUAAUCUGACUUGUUACAAAUUAUUGCAUGUAGUUUGAUUUGUGUAAAUUCAUUAGGAGCCUUUAAAUCUAGUGACAAUAAUCAAUACACUAGUGCUUUAGAUGUGUAUUGUUUCUGUGAAACAUUAACUAAUUGUUACGUUUUCUUUUGCAAUCACAUUUGCAUUAUUUUUUAUGGAAGAGGUUUGGGUUGAAAUGUGAAGCCUUUGAUCAUUCCAAAACAAAAUCUCAAUGAAAAAAAAUGUAUAUAUUAACAAGUUAAAUAUCUAGGAAAGUGUAUUUUGAAUGUUAUAUUUUACUAAUCGGAUUUAGCAAUAAAUUAAGCUUCAAAAUAA